AUGAUGCUGCGACGGGCGGGCGGUUCAGUGCGACUGGGCCCACCCUCCAGAACACCAGAACACGGACGAGGUCGACCAGCUGCUCUUCUCGCUUCGAAGACAGCCAUCCGGACACCUCUCCUCUCCCCACUCUCGAACCUCUCCCCGCCAUCUCGCUCAAUUGCCGUGCCAGCAGCGCGCAAGGGAUUCCCGACAUUCAACUGGCGGAGCGGGCCGUACGCCGGCCAGAAGUGUCACGAAGUUCAGGUGGUCAAGAAUGCAGACGAUGCGAACCUCCUUCUCGAGUCCUGGACAGCCGACCGCAUAGCCAUCGACUUUGAGCCAGGCCCCAUUCCGAACUUGAAUUUCGCUCGUAGACAUUUGCGCCAGCGAGACAUGACGUUGAGCGAGGGUGUCCUCGGGCUGAGCGACGGAUACGGAGUCCUGUUGAUGCAGGUUCCUUCCCUCGACCGCAUACCGGAGAAGUUCCGUGAAAUGAUGGAGAAUCCGGCGUUGCAAAAGGUCGCGAUCGGCGCAGACUGGCACAUCCGCGAGAUGAUGCUAGACUUCAACCAUUUCAAGACACAGCCGACCAACGUCCUCUGCUUGCGUCGACUCGCUUGCCUCGCGUACCCAAUGCUCGACGAGCGCGAGCUGAACGGCAUGGUGCUCGACGGGUGGGUCCAUCACAUGGGAAAAGAAGUGCUCGGCGUUCGCCACAGCGUCUACACGCACGACUCUGGCUACCGAAUGGAGCUCAAACCCGACAAGCGUGACUUGCUCGUCAACCGAACGUGGUUCGUUCAUUGCGCAGACGUCGCUAUACGACAACGGUUACGCACGCGCAUCGCCAAGAAGGCGGGAAGGCUGAAGGAAGUUGGGAAGUGGAUGGAGGCGGACUGGACGGAGGAAGAGGCGUUCGAGUAUGCUCAACAGUAUUGCUCAUUCUGGGCCGGCGGUGGCAUGCCCCAUCGGGCGCAAUGA